UUACCUCUUUUUUUAAUACCAUUUGUUUACUCUUCCACUCGAUUGACUUUCGUUUCUGCCUUUUAGUAUUUGUUUCAAUAUCUUGAAAAGUGCAAAGUUGUGUGUUAGUAUUAGUUACUACUAAUCUUUUAUUUCAAUUUAUAUAAGUUAAAAAAGAAUUUUCAUUUACAAUGGCUCUCUUAAUGUCUACCAAAGAAAAUUUAUCCCCAAAGAAACGUUGCAUUUCUCCGAGGAUCACUCAAGAAAAUGGAAAAAAAUCAGAAAUCGAUGCAACAAAAGCUGUGAAGAAUCUCAAUCUAAAAGACAAUUCCUUCAAUAUAGAAUUGGAACCCCUACUUAGAGAAAAUCCUCGUAGAUUUGUUGUAUUUCCUAUUCAAUGGCCGGAUAUUUGGCAGAUGUAUAAAAAAGCAGAGGCUUCAUUUUGGACAGUUGAAGAAGUUGAUUUAUCCAAGGAUCUGUCAGAUUGGAGUAAAUUGACAGACGAUGAGCGCAAGUUCAUUUCACAUAUUUUGGCCUUUUUCGCCGCAUCUGAUGGUAUCGUUAACGAAAAUUUGGUGGAACGCUUCAGUCAAGAAGUUCAAGUAACUGAGGCUCGUUGUUUCUAUGGAUUCCAAGUGGCCAUGGAAAAUGUUCAUUCAGAAAUGUAUUCGCUACUGAUCGACACAUACAUUGCUGACAUACAUCAGAGAGAUUUCCUUUUCAAUGCUAUUGAAACUUUACCUUGCGUUGCUAAAAAAGCACAAUGGGCCUUAAACUGGAUAGCCCACGAUUCUGCAACAUUUGCCGAACGCGUCAUUGCAUUCGCGGCAGUGGAAGGAAUCUUCUUCAGCGGCAGCUUUGCAUCAAUUUUCUGGUUAAAAAAGAGAGGAUUAAUGCCUGGUCUUACUUUUAGUAAUGAACUUAUUUCUCGCGAUGAGGGAUUACAUUGUGAUUUUGCAUGUCUAAUGUUCAAACAUAUUGUUCAAAAACCAAGCAAAGAACGAGUUAUAUCAAUAAUUAAGGAUGCGGUAUCUAUUGAACAAGAGUUCUUAACAGAUGCUUUACCGGUGGAAAUGAUCGGCAUGAAUUGCAAGUUGAUGUGCCAGUACAUUGAAUUUGUUGCCGAUAGACUACUUCUUGAAUUGGGAUGUCCAAAAGUUUACAAAUCUGAAAAUCCAUUUGACUUUAUGGAACAUAUUUCAUUAGAAGGAAAAACUAAUUUCUUUGAAAAGAAAGUUGGCGAAUAUCAAAAAUGGGGUGUUAUGCAAGAGAAAAGUAAUUUCACUCUAACAGCCGACUUCUAAAGUGCAAUUAAACAAACUUGUAUUAGUAUUAUAAUAUAUUUUUUUAAAACUAACAACUUUAAAGUGUCCAAUAAAUAGUUGAAUUUUUGUUUAUCUGCCUUAAAGAUACAGCAAAAUUUCGACUUUAAAGUCUAAACAAUAUUUUAAUAUAUAAAGUUCCUUUAUGUCAUGAUUUCUUAAUACCACGACAAAGAUUUCUUAAUGACAUUUAAAACAAUUAUGAGACUUAUUGGAAUUAUUUUGACGAUGACUUUUUCAAGUCGAAAGUUGUAAACAUUGUAUUUAUAGGUUAAGUUUAUAUAUAAUGUAAGUUUAUAAUUAAUCAGAAAAAAUUUACAUCUUUUGUAAGAAUAAAUAUAUUUCCUAAUUUAAAA